UUACAGUCAGAUUUAAGGUCUCAUCAACACCAUCAGUAUCUGUGGCACUUGGGUCAGAUGUGCUGUUACCUUGUACUCUGACUCCUGAGAAGAAUGGAGAGAAGAUGGAAAUCCGUUGGUUUAAGCCUAUGUACCGGCCCUAUGUUCAUCUUUAUAUUAAUGGGAAAGACGAUUACACAGCCCAGAUGCCACAGUUUGCUAACAGAACAGAACUGCUAAAAGAGAACAUCACUAGGGGAAUUUUCCCUUUAAAGAUCCAUAAAGUCACAGCUGAGGAUUCUGGGGAAUAUUAUUGUUAUGUUGAGUCCAGUGACCAUCACGGUAUGGCAGCAGUACAGCUACAGGUUACUGUUAGAUUUAAAGUCUCAUCAACACCAUCAGUAUCUGUGGCGCUUGGAUCAGAUGUGCUGUUACCUUGUCACCUUAUUCCUGAGAUGAGCGCAGAGAAGAUGGAAAUCCGUUGGAUUAAGCCUAUGUACCGGCCCUAUGUCCAUCUUUAUAUUAAUGGGAAAGAUGAUUACACAGCCCAGAUGCCACAGUUUGCUAACAGAACAGAACUGCUAAAAGAGAACAUCACUAGGGGAAUUUUCCCUUUAAAGAUCCAUAAAGUCACAGCUCAGGAUUCUGGGGAAUAUUAUUGUCAUGUUGAGUCCAGUGACCAUCAUGACAAAACAAUAGUACAGUUGAAUGUUACUGGUAAGUGAGCAGAGUUUUAGUUGAAAUUGUACUGUUUUAUU